AUGGUGCUUGUUUAUUUUACAGCUCAUCAAAUAUUCGGUGAUGAAGAGAAGCACGAUCUAGUUCGUUCGCAGGUUAUAGAUUACAUGGUGAAAAACAAGGAGCACUUUUCACAGUAUUUGACAGAGGACUUCGAUCACUAUAUAUCACGCAAGAGAGAUGCUUCUUGUUACGGAAAUCAUGUGGAGAUCCAGGCUAUCGCAGAACUAUACAACAGACCUGUCGAAAUAUACCAUGGUUCAGUGGAACCCAUUAAUGUUUUCCAUGCUGACUAUUCUAAGGAGUUUCCUAUCAGACUAAGCUACCAUGGCCGUGUCCACUAUAAUUCAAUAGUAGACCCUUUCAACCCUUCAUUUGGUCACGGUCUAGGGAUGCCUAACUACCAACCCAGUUUGGCUGAACCAGACCUUAUUGCUCGCGCAAUCAGAGAGUCUGAAAGUACCCACCUUGAAGAGGCUAUGCUACGUGAUAAAUUAGCAGAAACAGAACAGGAUGCAAUUAAUCGGUGUAUUGAAGACCAAGCUGUCAGGGAAUCUUAUUUCGAUUAUUUCAAUCAGAUCUCAGUACCGAAGGUAAGGGAUUCAGCUAACUCUCUUUCCACACCCGACCAUCUGGACCUACAUGGUGAUCAGCGAGAAGCAACAUUAACCUCCGGAUUCCCUACAGGUUUGGCAAGAAGUUUCGACGUGGCAUCUUCAUCAAAAGCCGCAGUUCCCGAUUCAAAACAGUACAGAAAUCCAGCAAAUGAACCGCUACCUAGUUCAUCUCAUUCUCAAACUGAUUUGGGUUCGCGUCAUAUCCCACCCAAUAUGCUAGGAAUGGAGGAAGAUGACUUGGUUGCUAUGGUCAUGGAACAGUCCAGACGUGAAUACCUUGAAAGUAUGCGUAAUAAACAAAAACCUCAUUUUACUGCCAGUCGCUUUUCACCAGAAUCAACUCCCUCAAACUUCAAUGAGUGUGAAUCUUUUCAGAAAAUUGACGAAGAAUCGCCUUCUGAAAUGUCGAAUAACAAACCAGACAAAAUCCAUGAUAACCCUGCUAAUUUAAAUGACAGUUACUAG